AUGCCUCGAGGGAGAAAAGAAAAAAACUCCCAACCGAUUCUUGCAACUCAGGUCUCUCAACAAUCUAGUGCUGCUCACACCGAGCUCCUAUCUCUUGGAAGUGGAACCACCGGGACUCCAGCAAGAACAACACAUGGCUUGCAACCAUCAUUGGCCACACCGAGUGUGAUCGAUCAACCCGAGAAUACACCCCCUAACUCCGAGACCGGCAUCAGCUCGCAAAAUCAGCCCCCUAAUUCUGAGACCCGACCUGAAGGCACUAACUCUCAAAAUCAACCCGAAGGUGAUAACUCUCAUCGGAAAAAUCUUGUCUGGACCCCAGCGAUGGAAAAGAGCGCUCUCGACUUGUACGUCAAAGCGGUUGAAGAAGGAAAGCGAUGCGAUAAUGGUUUCAGCCUGAACUCACCGAUGGGUGGCUACUGA